CUGAUGGUUGGGGCCAAAGCGCAACGAUGCGGUAGAGAAGGUGGUGGAGCAUUGUGCGGAAAUGGGUUAUGUUAACUUUUACUCUAAAAGAAUUUUUGCAUGGUGUGAACAGCAACUACAAUUAUGGGCUAGCUGGUAGAGAACUUGGAUUGGAUUUGACGAAUGAUCCGGAUCUAGUGGGAAGAGACAGUGUUGUGGCGUUUAAAACAGCCAUAUGGUUUUGGAUGAGGGCACAAGGAAACAAGCCAUCGUGCCAUGAUGUCAUUAUCGGAGCAUGGAAGCCAUGUACUUUUGACGAGAAACCGUGGCGGCUUCCCGGGUAUGGUGUCAUCACCAACAUAAUCACCGGCAGACUGGAAUGUGGGCGUGGCCCGGAUCCUCGGGUCGAAAGUCGGAUCGAAUUCUACAAGAGGUACUGUCUCGGUGUGAGUCCAGGAGACGAUUUGGACUGCAGCAAUCAAGCCCCAUCUUAUUUUAAUUGUACCGUCAUAUUUUGACAUUCGACAAAUUUUACA